GACUGGCUUGCUCAGUCUGUUUUAGCUUUGAUAAAGGAGGGACAGAAAGGUGCAAGGAGCAAGUGAGCAAGGGGUGAGAGGCAAGGUGGUGUAACAGUCAAGAAAUCUUUGCCAAAUCAUUGCCAUUGGUGUGUGUGGAGCAGGAAGCACUUCUAGGUUAGCAGGUUGCCAUGGCAUCUGGACCCAACAUGAUGGACCCCAUUUGUCUGGUGGAGAAUGACAAUGAGCUGCUGUCAGUGAACCAGAAAGCUCUACAGAUUCUUGAGAAGAUUUCUCAGCCAUUGGUGGUGGUGGCCAUUGUAGGACUGUAUCGUACAGGCAAAUCCUACUUGAUGAACCGUCUUACAGGACAGAACCAUGGUUUCCCUCUGGGUUCUACAGUGCAGUCUGAAACAAAGGGCAUCUGGAUGUGGUGUGUGCCUCACCCUUCCAAGUCAGACCAUACCCUGGUCCUUCUGGACACAGAGGGCCUGGGCGAUGUGGAAAAGGGUGACCCUAAGAAUGACUCGUGGAUCUUUGCCCUGGCUGUGCUUCUAUGUAGCAGCUUUGUUUACAACAGCAUGAGCACCAUCAACCACCAAGCCUUGGAGCAACUGCAUUAUGUGACAGAGCUCACAGAACUCAUCAGGGCCAAGUCCUCUUCAAGACCUGAUGAAGUAGAAGAUUCCACAGAGUUUGUGAGUUUCUUUCCAGACUUUAUCUGGACUGUACGGGAUUUCACCCUGGAGCUGAUGUUAAACGGUCACCCUAUCACAGAAGAUGAGUACCUGGAGAAUGCCUUGAAGCUGAUUCCAGGCAAGAAUCCCAAAGCCCAAACAUCAAAUCUACCCAGAGAGUGUAUCAGGCAUUUCUUUCCAACACGGAAAUGUUUUGUCUUUGACCGGCCAACAAAUGACAAAGAACUUCUAGCUGAUAUUGAGAACGUGUCUGAAGACCAACUGGAUCCUAAAUUCCUGGAACAAACGAACAAUUUCUGUUCUUACAUCUUCACCAAUGCAAAAACCAAGACCCUCAGAGAGGGAAUCACAGUCACUGGGAACCGUCUGAGGACUCUGGUUGUGACCUACGUGGAUACCAUCAAUACCGGAGCCGUACCUUGUUUGGAGAACGCAGUGACAACUCUGGCCCAGCUGGAGAACUCAGCGGCUGUGCAGAAGGCAGCCGACCACUACAGCGAGCAGAUGACCCAGCGACUGAGGCUCCCCACGGACACGCUCCAGGAGCUUCUGGAGGUGCACGCAGCCUGUGAGAGGGAAGCCAUUGCAAUCUUCAUGGAGCACUCCUUCAAGGAUGAAAAUCAGGAAUUCCAGAAGAAUCUUGUGGAAAUCAUAAAGGAUAAGAAGGAGGGUUUCUUGCUGCAGAAUGAACAGGCAUCUGUCAAAUACUGCCAGGAUAAACUUCAUGAGCUUUCCAAGGCCCUAAUGGAAAGUAUUUCAGCAGGCACUUUUUCUGUUCCUGGAGGUCAUGAACUCUACAGGAAAGCAAAGGAAAUGCUUAAAAGGGACUAUUGCCAAGUGCCCAGGAAAGGAGUGAAGGCAAACGAAGUCCUCCAGAGCUUUCUGCUGUCACAGGUGGCAAUAGAGAAAUCCAUCCUGCAGGCAGAUAAAGCCCUCACUGAUGGGGAGAAGGCUGUAGUAGAGGAGCGGGCCAGGAGGGAGACAGCUGAGAGGGAACAGGAGCUGCUGAAACAGAAACUGCAAGAGCAGAAGCAGCAGAUGGAAGCACAACAGAGGAGCCUCCAGGAGAACAUAGCCCAGCUGACAGAGAAGCUGGCGAGGGAAAGAGAAAACCUGCUGAGAGAGCAGAAUAUGAUGUUGGAGCACAAGCUGAAGGUCCAGGAAGCUCUGCUUAAAGAAGGAUUUAGAAAGAAAUCUGAGGAGGUGAAUGCAGAGAUAAAUCAUUUGAAAAAUAUGAUUGAUAAUACUAAAGAUGAUGAUACUCCCUGGCUGGCAUUAGCCUUGGACAAAUUUGGCAGAGAGAUCUCUUCACUACUGUGCACUCCAGGCAAACUUCUUGGUCAUAUUGUGAGCGGUGUGAGCUCCCUAUUUAAAAAGAAAUAGCUCUCCUUUUAAAGAAAUUAUAGAUGCAUAAUAUAUGUACAUGCUCUGGCCUAUGUUUGGUGUGAAUGCUUUUCACUUUCAUUCAGCAAAUCUUUAAAUAUAAAAAGUGGUAACUAGAAAAUAUCAAUGCCUGGCCCACAUGAGAUAGAAUAAAUGCAUGGACAGUUGGAUAUAGUAUGUUCACUUUUAGGAAAUAUAUGUGUGCAAAAUCAUAUAUAUGUAUAUAUACAUACAUACAUACAUACAAGAGGACCGUUGAGGCAACCCUUUUAAUGGCAAAAGAUUGGAAACUACUUAAAUGUCCAUCUAUAUAAAUUGGUAAUAUACAUUUUCCAUGUACAUAUACUGGAAUACUAUGUAGCCAGUAAAUAAAUUGACAGUGGAGGUUUAUAUGUAUAAAUAUAGAACAACCUUGAAGAUUAGAGUAGAGUGAAAAAAAUGAGGUACAAAACAGUUUGUAUAAUCUGUUCACCAUAAAAAAUGCAAUUAUUAUGUGCACUCAUAUAUAUGUACACAUAGAACACCUCUGGAAGAUUCAUUAGAAAGUGGUAUCAUUGGUUCCUUCUGGGGAGAACAGCUUGGCAUUAGGGAUGGAAGGGACACAUACUUUUCAUUAUAUCCUCUAUCUUUUCAAUUUUGUAAAGAAAGCUUGUAUUAUCAUUUCUCAAAUAACAAAGAAAACAUAAAGUAUAAUACUAAAAAUGAUAAUAAAUGGAAUGUGAAAUUGACUAUUA